AUGAUCGAACACGUCACACGCAUUAAUCGUGUCCUGCAGCAGCCGUUGGGCCAUAUGAUGAUCGCAGGCGCAUCUGGCGUGGGCAAAACAAUCACCGCACGGCUUGUUGCGUGGAUGAACGACAUGGCGGUGGCUCGCCUCGGUGUUCACCGCAACUAUCAACUUGACGACUAUGAAAAAGAUCUGCGUGAUAUACUGCGACGUGCCGGGUGUAAGCUCGAGCGUGUCUGUUUUCUCUUUGACGACAGCAACAUCAUGGAGGCAAGCUUCUUAGAGUACAUGAACGCUCUCCUGGCGUCAGGAGAGGUGCCCGGCCUGUUUGAAGGCGAGGAGUGGGGAAAACUUAUGGAGGAUAUACGCGAGAGCGUGGUGGCGCAGCAAGUUCUCAAGGCAAGCGGCAAACCGCAGCAGUUGACUCUGCUAGACGACAACGAUGACUCACAGCCGCAACAUCGCCACCACCGAGAACAACAACAACAACAAACGCAGACGCCAGCGUUGCCCUUGUCUAGCGGCAGCACCGAGCACGCCGCCAAGAGUGGUGGUGCCACGACGGUACCACAACAGGAGGCGCUUGAUACGAUGGUUUCCGCCGUGUACGUUGACACCACAUCCGAGCAGGAGCUGUAUCGCUGGUUCCUUGGAAAUGUGAAGCGCAACCUUCACGUCAUCUUUACAAUUGACCCCUCCGCCGGGGAAUUUGCGAGUCGUGCCGUGGCGAGCCCGGCGCUCUUCAACCGUUGCACCAUUGACUGGUUUGGUGAAUGGGACCGUCCCGCACGCCAUCAGGUUACACGCCGACUCACGCAACAGAUUGAUAUCAUGUUCUCCUGCGAGAAGACGUUUCAGAAACGCGAGAGCGAAGCGCGUGAUGCGCUGGCUGAUGCACUUUGCGGUAUUCACGAAAUUACGGGCGAGGUUAAUCGCGUCGUGCGACUCCAAAAUGCGCAGCAGGGGACAUUUAUAACGCCGCGUCACUUUGCCGACUGCGUACGUCACCUUCAGCUCCUGUACGAGGAGAAAAAAAAUGGAUCGAAGGAGCAGGUGCAGCACUUGCGUACCGGCCUAGCCAAGCUGGAUGCGGCGUCUGACGAGGUUGAGCAGCAGCGAGUCAAACUUCGCGAGCAUGAAGUCGUGUUGGCAACAAACAGUAAGAAGGCGCAGGCGAUGCUCGAUCGCAUUGUCACAGACACGGAAACAACGAAGCGGGAGAAGCAGGCGGCUGAACACCUUCGUCAGCAACUGCAGGAAGAGGAGGAGAUUAUAGUCGCCGACAAGGCGCAGGUGCAGAAGCAACUUUCAGAGGUGGAACCCGCACUGCGGAAGGCCGAAGUUGGACUCAACACCAUUAAACCAGAGUACCUUCGCGAGAUUCGUGCCUAUACGACCCCGCCACAGAUGGUGCAGCGGGUUUUAGAAGCCGUGCUUGCAGUGAUGGGAGAAAAGCGGGCGGGUGAGUGGGAUGUCAUCAAGCACCACAUUCGUCGUGACGAUUUUCUUGCAGGGGUGAAAGCCUUUGAACCGCGCGGCAUCACAGACGAGGCGCGUCUGACGGUGUUUCAAAUGUUGCAAGAAGAGGGCUUUACGUACGAGGCGGCACAGCGUGCUUCUAAGGUAGCUGGUCCGCUGCUGCAAUGGGUGGAGGCGCAAGUUAAGUAUGCGGAGAUAUUAGCCGCGAUGGAGCCAUUGAGAACCCGCAUUCAUCAUCUUACGGCAGCACACAGCGCAAAGCGCACCCAGCUUCAGCGCACCGAGGCGGAGAUUGCUGCAAUGGAGUCGUCGCUGUUGCAACUCAAGGAAGGAUACCAGGGGGUGACUGAGGAGAUUGCAACAAUCAAAAAUACGAUGAGUGGGGUUGCCGCCCGCUGCGAACGAGCCACAACAUUGCUGCAGCAAUUGUUUGAUGAACAUGAGCGGUGGGAAAUAGAGGCGAUGGGAUUCGACUCCGAAGUGCGUACAAUUUUGGGGGACUGCACCCUCGCUGCCGCAUCCCUGGCGUACUAUGGCUACUUUGACGAGCAUACUCGGCAGUCGUUACUUUUUCCGCGUUGGCGUCGCUGCCUGCAGCAGAUGCAGAUUCCUUUUUGUGAGGAGCUUCGCAGUGUUGUGGAUUAUCUUGUGACGCCGCAGGAGCGACUAUCGUGGGAGCAGCAUGGGCUGCCGAAGGAUCAUCUCUGUAUUGAGAAUGCUAUGAUUCUUAGCCGUUGCCAGCGUUACCCGUUUCUUAUCGAUCCGAAUGGUGUUGCGGUGAACUUCCUUUUGAAACGGUAUGCGUCGAACAAAAUACAUACAACAAGCUUUAGCAAAACGGGUUAUCUGAAAGAGUUGGACAUGGCCGUGCGAUUCGGUUACCCCAUUCUCAUGCAGGAUGCAGAGUUUAUUGACCCAGCACUUAGUCCGCUCAUCAAUAAAGAAAUUCAGCGUGUGCGGGGUCAUGUCUUGACGCGACUGGGAGCACAUGACGUGGAAAUGGCGGCGACGUUUUUUAUGUUUCUCGUGACGCGUGACUCACACUAUCAGCCGUCACCCGGCAUGGCUGGACAGGUGUGCCUCGUCAACUUCACUGUGACACAGUCUUCGUUACAGUCGCAGUGCCGACACCGAGUAAUGUUGCAUGAACACCCCGAAUUGGAUCUUCGACGGGCACACAUUUUGCGUGCGCAGGGUGAGUACCAGCUGAGACUGCGUGUGUUGGAGCAAGAGCUGCUCACCUCCAUUGCACGCAGCGAGGGUAGCCUGCUGGAGAAUGACGCUUUAACCGUCGCCCUGGAGCGCCUGAAGGGAGAGACCGAGUCACUGAAGGUUGGAAUUGCUGAGAGUGAGGCAUCGAUGCAGGCCAUCACUGAGGUUGAGGCGCAGUACCAACCGAUUGCAGCAACAGUGGCAAAAAUGUACUUUGCGCUGCGUCGUUUCUCACAGCUGCAUUGGUUGUAUCAGUUCAACGUGGAAUUUACUUUUCGUAUCCUUGCAGAUGCUUUGGAAGUGUUGCCUGCACGUUCUACAGAUGUGAGUGGAGUUGAGGAGCGAGACGAGGACGCGGCACGUCUGCGAGUGCUCACCUCUCAAAUUUUCAACCUUGUUCACCAACGUGUGCGACGCGGGAUGUUUGCAGAGGACCAUCUCGUACUCGCCAUUAUACUUGGGAAGCUGCGUAGUGGUAUUGACGAUCGUGUGGGACGCCAAAUCACUGUGGAGGAGUGGAGCUGGUUUGAAGACGCGUUGCAUGUCCCUGUCAAGGAGGAACCUGGUGUGACGGUUGCUGUGGGUGGCCCGGGUGGUGCCACGCAUGCGAUACCCGCCAUUCUGCGAGAGUGUGGUGUGUGUGCGCCUGCAUCAGAGAUGGCCCUGGCGGCAUUGUUGCAACGACCACUCUUUGCGGAGGUGCGGGCGUCGCUGUUAAAUCCACAGCACGUGGCGGCCUGGAAGCAGUACUUUGAGUCCGCCGCACCGUACGCUGAAGUAAUACCGGCGUUCCACACGAGCACCGGUGAAAACAGUCGUGUCAACCACAACGGUUCUCGGGAGCGCACACGGCGUGCAUUUCUUGCCGCCUUUUUGCUUCUUUAUACACGCCGGGAUGCGUUUGCACCGGCCGUCCAGGAAUUUUUGCGACGCUUCUUUGACGAGGAUUCGUGCGUCAACCCCGACAGAAAACUCAAUGGGAGCUCCUUCUUUGCGGCGGAGGCACCUGAUCUUGCAGCGCUGCAGUCAGAGCUCUCAGAUAGCACGCCACUCAUCCUCGUGGCAAACGCUGGCAGUGACCCGACGUUGAUGUUGGAGGCGCUGGCUCGUGCCCUGGACGUGACACUGCGGAUAGCCGUGAUGGGCAGCGCCACAGGCAUUGAAAUAGCGGAGCGCUACCUGACAGACGCCAUGGCCGAAGGAACCUGGGUGCUGUUGAAGAACAUUCACCUCGCACGGACGUACGCCGGUGCGGUGGAAAAGUGGAUGCAUCGUGAGCGGUCGGAGGGUCGACUACAUUGCAACUUUCGUCUUUUGCUCUCCAUUGAGGCUGUCCCGGGUAUUCGAUGCUGCAGCGUGAGCGGCGGCAGUUUUGGUGCAGCCAGAGGUAAUAAGAACAGUAACAGUGGUAGUAAGCGUGCUGAGGAAUCGCUGGAGGAGCUCCCUGUGAGUCUUGUAGAGGCAUCAGUGGUGCUGGUGUACGAACCGCCGCCAGGAAUGAAGUCAUCAUUGCUGCAGACCAUAGGGGCGUUGACGCCGCACUCCAGUUACGCUAAGCAACCGGCGGACAUCCAGCGCAUCUACCUUGCUGCAGCUUGGUUGCAUGCGGUGGUGAUGGAACGGCUGCUUUACCUUCCCAUAGGGUGGAGUACGCGGUAUGAAUUUAGUGACACCGAGUUCUGGCGCAUCUUGCAGGCUGUGGACAGCUGGGUGGGAACUGCCGUGAGAGGCGGUGGUGGCAGCGGUAGCGAAGGGAUUGAUCGUGACCGUGUUUCAUGGCCCGCGCUGCAAACAAUUAUUGGUACAACCUUGUAUGGUGGCAAAAUCAGCAACGAGUUUGACCAGCUGCUGCUAAAUUUCUUGUGUUUGCAACUCAUGAGCAUAGCUGUCUUUGACGACGAGCGUCUGUUUGCCUUAACUGACGACAACGAACUCAACGCACAUCUCACGUUUUCCUCGAUUCAAUCGCUGCAGGGUGUGCAGGAGUGGGUGCGGGCGCUGCCGGACGCAGAGACGCCGUUGUGGGCACGUCUUCCCGCCAGCGCUUCGCGCGUCGUGUCAGCGCAGCACGCCGUUGCUACAAUAGAGCGGCUGGCGGCUGUAAGACUCAUUGAAGAAAGGGAGGAUGUGGUGACGGUUCACGACGAUGCCGAGGAAGGUUAUGAGCGGCAGCCCGCGCCGCGCAGCAUCGGUGAGACCCGCUGGGGGCGGCAAAUUAAACGCUUCUGCCGUGUGUGGCGUAACUCGCUUAAUGGAUUGGGAAACCUGGAGCCCCAGCAAACGACCGUGCCAACCCUGCUUUCGCGCGCGACAGAGGAGAGUGUGCCAGGUGACAGUGCAAGCAUGGAGCCAACCGUAAUGGCUAUAGAGCGAGAGUACGUCUUUGCACUGGAUCGCCGACGAGAAAUUCUUGUCGACCUUGGCGCACUGGAGGAAAUCUGUGAAGGGUCACGAAACCCAACAGCAACACAGCGUGUCUUAAUGGAUCAUGUGCUGCGGGACCAAGUUCCUCCACGCUGGGCUCGCUCCUACCACGCAUUUCCAACGACGGCGGACCUGUGGAUGUCGGACUUCAGGAAACGCGUUGUACAUGUGCACGCCAUGCACGAGGCUGUACAACGGAAGACAUUUGAAACAACAUGCCUCUCUCUCGGCCUCCUCUUCUGGCCUGGUGCGUUUCUUACGGCGACGAAACAGCAGGCGGCACGUCAACAGCAUCGCUCUCUCGAACAGCUGCAGCUGCGAUUAGAGCUCAUGUCGGAGGACGCGACACAGAUCCACGCUGCAAGCAACAAAGAAGCAUCUCACGUGUGGCACGUUGUCGGUCUCACACUUUACUCCGCCCGCCUUGAAGCAAAUUGUGGCAGGUGUGAACUUAUCCCCGCCACCUCUGGCACCUCCUCCGUCCCCGUCGGCGCUCUGCUUUUCUGGGAGCCGAUCCCUGCGCCUGAGGCAGACGACGUUGCGCUGCCGAUCUCGAGAUCGUCUCUGUUGAUGCGUUUGUUAUCGCAAAACCCAACGCAUGGACGUUUCGCAACGCCGUUUUACGUGAACCCGCGCCGUGAUUUGAUGCUCGAGGUGGUGGAACUCGCAGUGGACCCUGUCAAGUCGCCGAUGCAGGCGUGGUACGAGCGCGGCGUGUGCCUCGUCGCCUGCUCCCUGGCGGAAUGUUGA